AGUCGCCGAAAGAUUCAAAUUUCGUCAAUGUCGGCAAAGUAACGGACAAACAGUGGCAAAUUUUAUGGCAGAAUUGAAGAAAGCAUCGAAGUAUUGUGAUUUUGGUGCUAAUCUAGACGAUAAUAUGAGAGACCAAUUUGUUUGUGGCGUAAGUAGUGAUUUUGUUAGACAACGAUUAUUUGCAGAGGAAAAACUGACUUAUAGUAAGGCGGUUACGAUUGCUACUACGCUGGAGGCGGCCGAGCGGGAUUCACAUGCAAUCGGAGAUAAGGAUAAUAAUAGCGAGCAAAAUAAUGUAAAAACAGUGCAUAAGAUUCAACCGGUCAGUGCGGGUCGUGGUGUAUGCGAGUCGUGCGGCGACCCUCAUCAUCGACAAACGGAGUGCAAGUUUAGUCAAUACGUGUGUGACGUGUGUAAAAUUAAGGGGCAUUUGCGUAGGAUGUGCCCACAAGUCAUGCGUGGGAGCAGUUACGGAAGCCCUUUUGGGGCUAAUCGGCGUGGCAAUGGAGGCCGCGGACCGGCCAACCGCGGGCGGUCAUGGCGCGGAGGCUGGAGCGGCAGAGGUGGUGGUGCCAGGUCCGGCUUGCACUGGGUGCAAGGUCAGGACGCGGAGGCGGACCAGGAAGGUUUCAUGGAGGGCGAGCGUGGCAGGGACGGCGAAGCGGUUAUGAAUUUGAUGUCGUUGAACCAGUACAAGCCGGCAUAAGCCGUUAUUCGAGGAGGCGUUGGGCCGGUACACCGGAGGCAAGGCGUCGCUGUGUGUGCGCGAGGGGGCUCAGCCAAUAUUCUGC